AGCUCAGACACUGGCCCCAGGUCACCCAGCCAGGGAGGGCCCAAGCCCGGGGAGCUGCCCCCAGACCUGGGUGGGCGCUUAGCCAUUUUGUGGGCAAAAGCGCUUUGAGGCUGGAAGCCGCCCGAGGGAAAUCUGGUCCAAGGGGCAGACCUUGCAGAUGGAGGACCCGAGGUGGAGGGAGGUCCGGGUGCUGGCAGAACAGCUAGCAUCCAGGCUUUGCACCCCAGCUCCUCCUCCCCAUCAGCCCCUGACCCUGGGCCAGUCCCUUGAGCCCCGGCGUCGGCGUCCUGGAGGUAAUGGUGACAUGACACAGAGUACAGGAGGCGGGGACCCUGGGGAGUGCACGACUGAGGUGGCAGGAACGAUCAGAGACCAAGCUUCUUGACGCCAGGGAGCCUGCACACUGUCUGGUUUCGUGCAGCCCGCCGGCUGAUGAUGGUUUUAAUUUCUUAAAUAAUGGGAAAAAUUCAAAAGGAGAAUAUUUUGUGACUGGUGACAAUCACAUGAAAUGCACAUUUCAGUGUCCCUAAAUAAAGUUGUAUUGGACUGCAGCCCCCCCCUGCCCCCCGUGCGUUUAUACAGUGUUUGCAGCUGCUUUCGAGCUAUGGCGGCAGCACUGAGUUCCUGAGAUGGAGACAGAAAUGUUUACUGUCUGGCCCUUGACAGAAAAUGUGCCAGUCCCCAUUCUAGAAUACGCUUCGGUCCCUCAUAGUGCCUCUCUUUGGAGUAAAGAAGAACUUCCUUUCAUUUGACAUAAAAGUCUCUUCUCCAAACAUGCAGGGGGGUAGGGGGUCCUCCCACCCCCAGUUUAAGGAGCCCCUGCAUUUGAUGGCUGUGUCACCUGCACUGAUUCUCGUGGCAGCUCAGCCGGUUGUCUGGGUGGUUCCUGCAGCCAGCAUCCCCCAGGGGCAAGGCUCACCUCACAGCUCGAGAUGCAGCGACGUGCGGCCUGGCCCAGAGACAGACUGCAGAUGGGUGACCAGACACAGGGCGAAGUGUCAGGAGCUCCAGGAAAGGCGGGCGUUUAGGUUGGGGGUCAGACAAGGCCUCUGAUGAACGUGAUGUCUGAGCUGAGGCCUGUGACCAAGAGCGGACAGCUGGUGGAGGAGCUUUCAGGCCGUCAGCCUGUAGCUGCCGAGCCUUCAAAGGCAGCCGGGGAGCCAGGGUGACUGGAACAGAGUGAGCAAGGAGGGGAGGGGUAAGAGGUGGGCUGGGAGAGCCAGGCAGGGGCCCUAUAGCCCAUGGGCAGGGGGUUGACUUCAUUCUCAAGGCGAUGGGAACAACUGGAGGGGUUUAAGCAGGAGAGCCAUAGUUCAGGUGGAUAUUCUAAGAUCCUUCUGGCCCCUGUGAGGAGAACAGACUGUGGGGCUCAAGGGCGGAGCCAGGAGACUCGGCAGGAGGUGACUGCGCUGCUCCAGGCGAGCGGUGAUGGGGCUCUGGACGGGGAGAAGGGCGGCUGUGAAUGUGUGUCGGACGGAGAGCGCACAGGACUCUUUUUCUAAGCAGAAACGCUGCUCUUCCGAGGUCUCCUGCACCUGGAGGGGUCGGCUGAGCCGCCGCCACUGCACACAGCCCACUGCAUCUUCACAGGAGGCCGCGGGCCCCCCGCCAGGCUCCCCAGGAGGACAGGACUGGUGGCGGGUCAAGGCCACACAAUCGCUGUCUGCUCAUCUUUUCAGAUUGGCCGUGUUGAGGGUGAGGACCAGUAGGCAGCUGCCAGGAUGGGCGAGAGGAAGGGCGUCAACAAGUACUACCCUCCAGACUUCAACCCUGAGAAGCAUGGCUCUCUCAACCGGUACCACAACAGCCACCCGCUUCGGGAGCGGGCGCGGAAGCUGUCCCAGGGCAUCCUCAUCAUCAGGUUCGAGAUGCCCUAUAACAUCUGGUGCGACGGCUGCAAGAACCACAUCGGCAUGGGUGUUCGCUACAACGCAGAAAAGAAGAAGGUCGGCAACUACUACACGACCCCCAUCUACAGGUUCCGGAUGAAAUGCCACCUGUGUGUCAACUACAUCGAGAUGCAGACAGACCCCGCCAACUGCGACUACGUGAUCGUGAGCGGCGCCCAGCGCAAGGAGGAGCGCUGGGACAUGGCAGAGAACGAGCAGGUGCUGACGACAGAGCAUGAGAAGAAGCAGAAGCUGGAGACGGAUGCCAUGUUCCGACUGGAGCACGGCGAGGCCGACCGCGGCACGCUCCACAAGGCCGUCCCCACACUGAGCCACCUCCAGGAGGCACAGAGUGCCUGGAAGGACGACUUUGCCCUCAACAGCCUGCUGCGCCGGCGGUUCCGGGAAAAGAAACGAGCCCUGCAGGAGGCGGAGGAGAGGGACCAGGCGCUGCAGGCCAAGGCCAGCCUGGCCAUCCCGCUGGUGCCCGAGACCGAGGCCGACCGCAGGCUGGCCGCCCUGCUCAAGCUGCACACCCUGGACUCCUAUGAGGACAAACAGAGACUCAAGCGGACGGAGAUCAGCCGCCGCUCCUGGUUCCCCCCGGCCGCGGCGCCUGGCACCGGCACCAGCACCAGCACCAGCACCAGCAGUGGCACUGGCAGCAGCGUCCUGAAGAAGCUGGCCCAGAGCCGCAGGCCUGCGCCCGCCGGCACACCUAUCACCGUGGGCACCCUGGGCAUCGUGCGGCGGCGCCCCCAGCAUGCGGGUGGGAUCCCCGGACUGGGGGGGCCAAGGGUGCCAGAGGGGACCACCCAGGACAGGCCUGCACACCCCCAAGACUGCUCUCAGGAGACCGUCGAGACCCCCCAGACCAGCGGGCCUGGUGGGCAGGAGGGGAGCGGUCAGCACAGGACCCCGUCUGCACCAGGCCCCUCCCAGGACACAGCCUCCCCUGCCCCCCAGGACCUGCGGCAGCCAGGCGGCCUCAGCUCCUCCCUGGUGGCCGACUACUCUGACUCAGAGAGUGAGUGAGCACCCCUGUGGAGGCGGCGGCACCCAGGAGCCCCCAGACCGCACCCCUCCCCGACCUCGACCUCCUGUGGUGCCGCAGCUCUCAUGUAUUUGCACCUGGAGAGGGUGUCUGUGCCUGGUGGGACCCCCACAUUAAAGCCUUGGGUCUUGGC